AAUCUAGCCCAGCCUAAUCCAAAAAAAAAAACUAAUGGGCUCAAAUUUUGUUAAUAAAAAUAAAAUCGUAUUAUUCAACUUUCGUUCACUUUCCACUUCUCAUUUUCCCGGGAAAAUCAAACGGUUAUGCAUCCCGCGUAGGCUUCACCAAAUCUUCGACCUAGGGUUUCUGCUCGGAACUCUCUCUGUCCUCGCCGGAACACACAAUCUCCGGCAACCAUGGCCACCGCCAACUUGCAGAUGAGCCCUCAGGUUGAGCAGAUCCACGGCGAAAUUCGUGAUCACUUCCGCGCCCUCGCGAAUGGUUUCCCGAGGUUGGAUAAAAUUAAAGAUUCCAAUAGACAAAGUAAGCAGCUCGAAGAACUCGCAGAGAAAAUGAGGGAGUGCCAAAGGUUGAUAAAAGAUUUUGAUCGUGAAAUUAAAGAUGAAGAGGGAAGAAAUCCCCCAGAAGUGAGCAAGCAACUCAAUGAUGAAAAGCAAUCAAUGAUCAGGGAACAUAACUCAUAUGUGGCAUUGAGAAAAACGUACAUGAAUAACCUUGGUAAUAAGAAACUUGAACUUUUUGACAUGGGAGCUGGAGCAAGUGAGCCUAUAGCUGAAGAUAAUGUUCAAUUGGCAUCAGAACUCUCAAAUCAAGAACUUAUCAAUGCUGGGAUGAAGACAAUGGAUGAGACUGAUCAGGCUAUUGAAAGAUCUAACCAGGUUGUACAUCAAACAAUUGAAAUGGGCACCCAAACUGCUACUACCUUGAAUGGCCAAACUGAACAGAUGGGCCGUAUCAUUAAUGAACUUGAUUCACUUCAGUUUUCGAUUAAGAAGGCCUCCCAGCUUGUGAAGGAGAUUGGUAGAAAGGUAGCUACUGAUACGUGCAUCAUGCUUUUUCUGUUCCUUAUCGUCUGUGGUGUAGCUGCCAUUAUUGUUGUGAAGUUUGUGAAUCCCAACAACAAAGAUAUUAACGAUAUCCCAGGACUGGCGCCUCCAGCUCCAACCAGGAGGCUUUUGUAUGUAAGGACUGGAGAAAAUUUUGAUUAAUUCUUAUCUUAGAAGAAUUUUCUCCAUCUUAAUCCUACCAAACCUCUGAACAUUGACUCUCUUGGAUGAUGGGAAAGUCAGAAUGCUAUACGUGGGCAUUUUUUCGAUCUCUCCAAUCAAUUUUAAACUGAGAAAAUUUCUGCUUGAGUUGUGUAUAUCUUGUUUGUGAGUCCAUCAUGUAUAUCACACGAGUGGCUUUUGAUUUUCUGAGUGCCAUGUAUAUAACAUUCUAAAAACGUAGGGCUAGAAAGAAAAUUAUACUAUACUGUGA